ACUCUCACAAAGUAAUGUGUCCUUAUUUGUUGUUAGACGUUGUUUGUACCAGGAUGAAGGCGUCUAAAUGGGCCCUAGCAGGUGGGCAUCGUUAAGCAUGUCACUUUUGAGCAUAAUGUAGCUGUUUUUAAUAUGAUCAUAGCAAUAUGAGGACGCUCAUUUGCUUCUAGCCACCAAGAAACGAAGACUUAUUAGCGAUUUUGACACUAAAGUUGAAGCAUUCAGCGCGACCAGUUUACACUUCCUUGGGAGGCCUAAAAACUGAAGAACUUUGUUCAGACGAACUGAAUCAAACGUCAAAAAGGGGAGUUUUAAAGCAAGGGGCUUAACCCUACAGAAUUCACCUUCAGAGUGAUCAAGUGAAGAUUUUAAAAACUCGAAGCCAAGGAACUCAAAACCAAAGGCCAAAGGUUUUAUUCCUAUUUGUCUGUAAUUUUCUUCCGUCACGACACUAUUUUGGAUAACUUCAAUGAAAUGGCCGUCCCACCUCCGCCCAUGAUCGAAGGAUCGCUAAAAACAACCAUUAAUUCUAUCGGCUUUGGUCUCAUCACGGCUGUUCUAGCCGUAAAUUUUGGAAGACUGCUGGCACCAAAUUUCUUCGUCUGGAUCGUGGUAACUGUUGUGAUAAUCGAGGUCAUUCUUCUGGCAUUGACAAAGAAAAGGGAGGAUUACGAGGUCUAUCAGGCUCCGGGUCGCAAAGUGCGACACACUGUUGGUGGCAACGAUGUUCCGCAGAUAACUGUUGACACAGUUGAUGAUGCAACACACGACACGCCAAAGAAAAAGGGAAUUAGAGGAAAGUUGAGGCCACACAAGCGAGAAAGCAAGGCUGGUAUUGAAUGCACGGAAGAAGGAAUGGUGUCGACUAGUGCAAAACGGCUUUCACCGAUGAUUGAACAUAAAGCCGCACUUGAGGCAAACGUGGAGAAGAAGGCAGAGAAGAAACAAGAAAAGGCGGAAGAGAAGGCCAUAGAGAAGGAAGAAAAGGCCAAAGAGAAAGAGGAGAAAGCGAGAGAAAAGGUGAAGGGCAAGACUAGCGAGUCCGGGGACAGAAAAGCGAGAGAGAGUGAGGGAGAAGAUGGAGGAAAAGACAAGAAAAUAAAGAGAUGGAAAAGUCGGCUGCACCGCAAGUCACAAGGUGACAGUGAUGAGUCGUAACCAUGACAACGUUGGCGUCUGAUGACUGGACUGCUUGUUUCUUUAUUGAUUUUCCCGAACAAGAAUUGUAAUAACAAAUUUAGAGCAGUGGGAAAGUGAUGAUGCUUUUUUAACGCUUUUAUCAAGUAUUAGUAUCAGAAGCAAUCAUUAGACGUUUAAAAAUUAACAUAUACUUUAGAAUUUCUCAAAGGGAAUGGUAGCACUGUCUAAGGGUUAUUUUUAAAACUCGAGCUGGUUUAUAUUUGAAUGUAUGUCAUUGAUAACUUUGUUUUAUUAAAAUGAAUGGGUUCUUGUUUCGAUUUGAGAGUGCUCAAAUCUAGCUAUAUAGAUGUAACACAUUUAAGAGUGAAAGUGAAUAAAAAUAAUAAAAGUUAUACCAACAAGAAAA